UACAACUAGAUCUGCCUCAUCGAUAAAAUGACUGAUAAUGGAGAUAGCGGAUUUAUAGACCCUGAUUUCAUGCCUAAACCAACGAACUCAGUCGACUCUGGAGAGAGCUUUAAAGAGGUGAACCUACAAGUCUUUUUGUACUUUAAUUCAGGAGGCCUAUCUGAAGUUUUGAAGAAAGUUCUUAAAAAUAAAACUAAGAUAAAUAUUGUUGUAAACUCGAAUACUGAGUGAAAAGAUCUGAUAAAAUAUGCCCUAAAUGAGUUUAACUCAACUCUUGAGAAGCAAGAAAGUCAGUAUUACCUAGAAGACUCUGAAGAAGUGAUUUCUCAAUGUUAUGAGCUAUGAUACCCUGACGAUGAGGAUACAGGAGAACCUGAUGAGGACCUUCCAACUUUUUCUAUGGAUCAGAACGUUUCAACCAUUGGGGAGAAGAACUUUACCUUAUAUGUCUCAAACCCGACUCUUGCCAUAAAGGAUCAGGACUCAGGAAUGCAGCCAAAUAUCCAAAACCCUAGCGUAAGAGAAUCAAAUGCUUCUCAGACCACAGGCAAUGAGAAGUCUUCUAGCACUUUCAAGAGGAUUAACUCCUUAGGAUACCUGGUGACAGUAGAUGAAGAGGUAAAGCCCAGGAAGAACACUGAAGAUGAUGACUUAAUCUACAACAAAAGCACAUCAACAUGUUGCAAGUGUAAUAUAUUUUAAACAGUAAAACCCCACCAGAAAUUUCUUCGUUCAUCACUUCUAAAAUGUCCAAAGUUGGGUUCACCUACAUAGCCAUGGAAUCUUAAAUUUUUAAUAAAAAUCUUGCC